AUGGCAGCUGCACCGGGAUUGGACAGCAAGGUGGAAAUCAGAAAUGAAGAGAUCCAGCAGAGCAAGGAGGAGGAGGAGGCCAGCACAGAGCUGACAGAGUUGCAACUUCUCCCUGAGUCCUACAGGAUAAACUCUAUCAGUGAGAUCCGGCUGCUGGCCAUCGCUGACAACUUCCAGCAUCAGUACUCCCACUUGUUUCCUGAUCGCAAACUGCUGCUGCUCUGCCCCGUCAACGAAUGUGGUGUGAAGAAGUUUGUGUCGACGACAGUCCGGCCCACCACAAUGGUCCCCCCUGAACUUUUGACCUGGCAGGGCUGUGCUUUGUUUGUGGCCAACUUUCUGACCCUGGAGCCUUUGGAGCCGCCUGUGCAUCUGCCCAGGCACCUGUUCUCCUCCACCACAGUGCUAAAGAGGCAGCGGGCUACCUGUUUUGAAUUUGCUACCCUGCUGUGUAGCCUACUGCUGGGCAGCAACUACGAUGCCUAUUGUGUCAGUGGCUAUGCUAUCAAAGAGAUGUGUCUGCUUGACCAGAGCCUGCAGGAGUGCCCCCUGCUGGACACUGAAGCCAAGAGUGUGAUCUCUGAGCAGCAGCAACCCAAGAACAAAUACACAGUGAAAUCCCUGAGGGAGCUGGAGAGUCGCUUUUUGACACAGCAAGCGAAAAAAAAGCAGGAGGCUGAAGUUGCUUUGCUUCAGAAACAGAAGCUACAGGAGGAGAGCGAGCUGCGGCCUGCCGACCACCUGCGGGGACUGCGGGUACACUGCUGGGUGCUGGUGCUGGCGAGGAGUCGUAGAGUCAAGGAGAACUUCUUCAUCGACCCUCUGACUGGGAACAGCUACGCUACUGACAGCGACAGCUUCCUGGGCAUUGAGAGCAUGUGGAACAAUCUCAACUACUAUGUUAAUAUGCAGGACUGCAGUAAUGGCUGUGCUGAGAUGGUGUAUGACGUGGAGGAUUUAAAGAUGUGGGAGCCAAUGUUGUAUGGUGCAACCAGCAAAAAGGAGCUGAUUCUCACCGUGCAGAAGAAACAAGAGAGGAGCCUGAUGAGCAAAAGCACCAAUGAGGAGGAGGGCCAGCCCAGAGUUUUUGAGAUGCCGAGAUCUUGGGUUAGUUACAUCAGUAUCUCAGACAAAGACAUGGAGAACCGCUGGCCGGGAGGGAAGACGGUGAUACGCUACAGGAAAUCAAAGCUGGAGAGGUUUGCACCAGGUCUGAGUUCUGUUGGCCUCAUCACACGACUAACUACAUACAAAGACCUGGAGUGCACUGAGGUUGCUUUGGUGAAGGAGUGGUAUCAAGACAGAAAAGACCACCUGGAGGAGAGGGAGGUCAACAAGGUCGACAACUUCAUGACAGAAUGCUUUAAAUGUAAAACAACAGUCAACCUUUUACUCCUCAGGUGUAGAUCCCUGACCGCUGGCACCGAGCAAGAGAUGGAGUUCAGCAACGCUCGCUCUGAUGGACUGGUGCGGAGGAAGCUGACACCACAUGAAAUGAUUGAGACGUUUGAGGGCCGAAGCGACUUCCUAUACUACCGACACGUCUUCUUCAGUCAGCUUGAUCAUGUUCAACUGUGCAAUGACCAACCUCUUCCUAUAGAUAGAGUUGUGGAGCGUUUCCACAGGAACAAAUCCAAACCAGCCAACAAUGAUGUGGCCAAGCGAAUCUUCCUGGUGGCACAGCAACAGAUCGAGCUGACCUACCACUUAAUGGAUUACAGAUUUAGCCUUUCAAGGAGGACCUUCAACAUAUCAACAAGUCAGAAAUUCAAAGCUGAUAUGGUCUGCACCUUCCAGGUGGAUUUAUCUGAGAUGCCCCUUGGGACCCUGGCUCUGUUCGACAUGCUGGUGGCCCUGAAGACACAUAAGGAGAAUGUAGCUGAACAAAUCGGGAAGUCGGUGGAAGAGGUGAAACACAUUUUGGCCUGCAGAAAGCAGGAUGAGAAAAAUAUCGAACUUCAGACGAUAACUGCUCAGGGAAAUAGUCAGAAACAAAAAAUGGAGGAUGAGAAGCAGCUGCAAGAGCAGAAGAAGGACAUCCUGACUUCCCUCCUGAUCCAACUCGGCAAAGAGGAGGAUCUGAGUCCCAAGGAUGCCAAGAAGAUCUACCAGGACUGUCUGGCUGAGAUGAGAAACAGACUACAAAUGAAGGCCAACCUCAUUCAGAAAUGCUAUGAAGAGGAGACACAGAGGCUACAGACGAAACAGCAGUGGUACCAGAAGAGCCAGCUUCAUCUUUCCGAGCAAGAAAAGGACAAUUAUCAGACCUACUGCUUUGAGAAAACACUCCAAAUAUCAGUCAUCCAGAAACGGCUCAGCAAGUGGAAGGAAACAGCCAAUGAGAAAUACACGGCUUUCGAUCAGAUGCUACAGAAGGACCCUCGACUUGCUCCCCAUCUGCACAGCUCGUCCAAACACUUGUCACUUUGUUAA